AUGGCGAUAACACUCGAAAAGUGCAUAGAGAAUUCUGAUCAGAGAAUAAAAGAUUACACAGAUUGGAAUUCUAAGUAUUAUAUUGUUAAAUUGUUGAGUACAAAAACACACGAAUUUCUAGCCAGCACUUUAAUUAGAUCUCAGUCGAGAAUAGAAAGUGCGACAAUUAGAUGCAAACAUAUGCGCUCAGAAAUGUUUAGUGAAUUGGUGGAACGCCACGAAAUGUUGAAAAUGAUGGAAAACAGGAAAAAUGAUCUUAUGAAAUUAGUGAAAACUAUGGACAAAAAAUUGUUUUUCAAGAUACCACUGGCGAAGAAAUUAGAAGGUAUUAAGGCCACGUCAUCAAGGUCAUUAUGA